AUGGAGGAUGCCAUCAAGAGGCUAAACGGUUUCACGGACAAUUCCUCUGACCUCAUCCCUCCACUUCCCAAGAGAUGCGGCGCCGCCGCCGCUGGGAGCAGCGCCACCAACCGGAGGGCGGCGGCGGCGGCGGCGAGGGACGGCGGUGGUUCUGGCGGCGGCGGAAUUAUAAAGUACCGAGGCGUGCGCCGCCGCCCCUGGGGCCGGUACGCGGCGGAGAUCAGAGACCCUCAGUCGAAAGAGCGGCGGUGGCUUGGGACGUACGACACGGCGGAGGAAGCCGCGUGCGCUUACGACGCCGCCGCGAGGGCCAUGCGUGGGGUUAAAGCCAGAACCAACUUCGUUUAUCCCGUUUCGCCGCCGUAUCCCGCCGCCGUCCACGGCGGCAAUUUCCCUGUUUCCAACUUUCCCGCCUUUUUUCAGCCGGUUUUUUCGAGCUUUUCGUCGCUUUCGACGCAGUCUAACCAAACCUCCAAUAAUCCUAUGUCUCUGUGCGAUCAUCAACUAGCGUUAAUGUUAAACGUCGACAAUGGGUCCUCUUUCUUGAAUGAAAUCACGGCUCUACAAGCUCGCAGUGGUUCCAUCUUUAAUCCCCAAACUACCCUUUCGUCGUCUUCUCCGACUUCUGCAGAUAAUAAUAGCAGCUCAGGCAUGGAGUUCUUCGAGUCUCAGACGCCAAAUUCCGGGCUACUUGGAGACGUGUUAAAUGGGUUUUUUCCCAAGCCCCAACAAACCCCCAAAUCAUCAGAGCCGUCCACUUCCCACGCAAAGAAGAGCGUUGAUCAGAAGGGGCAGUUUGGGAUUUGCAUUGACGAGGCCGCCGGAGAGUUUGGGAACUUCAACAAUAAUAAUGGGUUUUCCGGCGGGUUUCCGGUGGAGGACGUAUUUGGAGAUGCCGCCGGCGUUCAAUUAUCCAGGGCUUUUUGGUAA